AGGACUGGCCUCGCUCCUGCCCACACCGGACUCUACCUGCCCCUGGGAUUCGGGUGGGGUGGGGGGUACCCGACCGCCAGCGUCGCCUGCUGCGCAAGUGGGGCCUGCGAGCCAACCCCGCCUCCGCCCCUCGAUUGGGCGCGCAUUUAAAUGUCCGGCCCCGCCCCGCGCUCCGGGCGCUUAUAUAUAGGCAGCUCGGCGGGCGGCGGACGGCAUUCUGGCGCGGAGCGGAGCGGCGGCGGGCGCAGCUAGCGGGUCGGCCGCGGAGCGGAGGUGCAGCUCGGCUUCCCCCGGCACCCCUCCCCCUCGGGCGCCAGCCCCACCCCUCCGCCGGCCGGGCCGACCCCGCCGUACUAUCCCCUGCGGCGCGAGCCCGGGGCGGCUCCAAGCGCCCCCCAGCAGACCCCCAUCAUGGGCAGCCAGAGCUCCAAGGCUCCCCGGGGCGACGUGACCGCCGAGGAGGCAGCAGGCGCUUCCCCCGCGAAGGCCAACGGCCAGGAGAAUGGCCACGUGAAAAGCAAUGGAGACUUAUCCCCCAAGGGUGAAGGGGAGUCGCCCCCUGUGAACGGAACAGAUGAGGCAGCCGGGGCGACUGGCGAUGCCAUCGAGCCAGCACCCCCUAGCCAGGGUGCUGAGGCCAAGGGGGAGGUCCCCCCCAAGGAGACCCCCAAGAAGAAGAAGAAAUUCUCUUUCAAGAAGCCUUUCAAAUUGAGCGGCCUGUCCUUCAAGAGAAAUCGGAAGGAGGGUGGGGGUGAUUCUUCUGCCUCCUCACCCACAGAGGAAGAGCAGGAGCAGGGGGAGAUCGGUGCCUGCAGCGACGAGGGCACUGCUCAGGAAGGGAAGGCCGCAGCCACCCCUGAGAGCCAGGAACCCCAGGCCAAGGGGGCAGAGGCUAGUGCAGCCUCAGAAGAAGAGGCAGGGCCCCAGGCUACAGAGCCAUCCACUCCCUCGGGGCCGGAGAGUGGCCCUACACCAGCCAGCGCUGAGCAGAAUGAGUAGCUAGGUAGGGGCAGGUGGGUGAUCUCUAAGCUGCAAAAACUGUGCUGUCCUUGUGAGGUCACUGCCUGGACCUGGUGCCCUGGCUGCCUUCCUGUGCCCAGAAAGGAAGGGGCUAUUGCCUCCUCCCAGCCACGUUCCCUUUCCUCCUCUCCCUCCUGUGGAUUCUCCCAUCAGCCAUCUGGUUCUCCUCUUAAGGCCAGUUGAAGAUGGUCCCUUACAGCUUCCCAAGUUAGGUUAGUGAUGUGAAAUGCUCCUGUCCCUGGCCCUACCUCCUUCCCUGUCCCCACCCCUGCAUAAGGCAGUUGUUGGUUUUCUUCCCCAAUUCUUUUCCAAGUAGGUUUUGUUUACCCUACUCCCCAAAUCCCUGAGCCAGAAGUGGGGUGCUUAUACUCCCAAACCUUGAGUGUCCAGUCUUCCCCUGUUGUUUUUAGUCUCUUGUGCUGUGCCUAGUGGCACCUGGGCUGGGGAGGACACUGCCCCGUCUAGGUUUUUAUAAAUGUCUUACUCAAGUUCAAACCUCCAGCUUGUGAAUCAACUGUGUCUCUUUUUUGACUUGGUAAGCAAGUAUUAGGCUUUGGGGUGGGGGGAGGUCUGUAAUGUGAAACAACUUCUUGUCUUUUUUUCUCCCACUGUUGUAAAUAACUUUUAAUGGCCAAACCCCAGAUUUGUACUUUUUUUUUUUUUUUUCUAACUGCUAAAACCAUUCUCUUCACCUGGUUUUACUGUAACAUUUGGAAAAGGAAUAAAUGUCGUCCCUUUA